AUGAUCUCCCUUUCCAUCCCAAAUCUUUUAGUUAGUCAGAGUACAACUCUAGCACAGAUCCCACCUGAAGAACGUAUGUUAGAUAGUCAUGUGAUAACCACUAGAUUUGCGUCUGCAAUAUGGAUCAUUCGUCAAUACGGUAGUACUCUUGGACAAGAUAUAACCAGUAUUUGUGCAUCUCAAGUAUUCAAUUGCCAAAAUGGUCAUAUUACAAGAGUUCAGUUGUCAUUAUCAUACACUUCAUUUAAUCCAACUGGAACUGGAGUUCCUGACCCAGCAUUGACCGCCAUCAGUCUCCCCGAAUGUGUUGAAUUCGCUAUUCAACCAUCUAAUUCAAACGUAUUUUAUAUCGGUGAUCCUAAUCAAUCGAUUCUCGACAAAUUAACUGGUCUUCCAAAGGUUACUUCAAUGAUAAUACAAUGUGUUGUUAUAUCAAGUAUACCAAAUGGGUUCCUUAGAAACUUUCCUCAAUUGACAGCUCUGACAUUAUCUCUUUCAAACAUGACAACAUUCCAUGAGAGUUCAUUUGAAGUAUCAAGUGCAACAAUUACGUCUGUCAAUCUCCAAUUCCGUACUUUAAAAAUCUAUCCUACCUUUACCAAUAGUUCCACAUCAUUGGUGUGGAGUUCAAUAGAUUAUCUUUCAUGGACUGUUGAUCCUUCGACAGCCAUUGGACCAAUUUCAUUAGUCUUUACUCCAACCGUUUUCCCAUUAUUGCAGACCCUAGAAAUCGAUUCAGCUUCUGAUGGAACUACCUCAGUUACAGUCAGUUGUAGAAACAUUACCAAAUAUGAAACUGGUAUGACCACUCUUCCAACGUUUCCAUUGCCAACACCCAAUUUUAAAACCUGGGAGUAUCGUUUACUAUCAGUGAACACAAUAGUACCUUGGGAAGCAUAUACGCCCGAUAAUACAUCGAGACUACUCGAUAUGUUAUACAACCCAUCACUAACUGGUUCAGUUCCAGAUAGUUUCUGUAUCAAUACACUCUAUAUCACAUCAACUAAUAUAUCUAGUGUUCCAGAUUGCUACUGGUGCUAUGUUACAGAUUCCACUGUGUUUCAAACAAGUUUACCAGUUCCACCUGGAUUUACAUGUCAAUGGAGAGUUGAUCAAGUAAAUCAAAUUCUUUAUACAAAGGAGUAUCGUGCCAAUUUGACUGGCAGCCUAAUGGGUUGGGGUAAUAUUGUCAGUCAUCCUGAAGCCCUAGGAUAUUAUAAACUUAAUGCUAUAAUUCCACAUGAAUUAUUAACAUUAUUUUAUUAUACUGAUGGAACUCAAACCAAUGCAACUAUUAAAUUAAACGAAAAUUCACCACAUAUAGUUAAUUUAAAUAUUCUAGAGAUUGGAAUUACAUUGUCCAAAGCCAAUGUCACAUUACUCGCAAAUCAAAAAUUAAUGUUCACUUGGUUGUUUUCGUUUUACAAUAAUCUACUUGUUCAUCAAUUCCAAUCUACAUUUGGUUUGACUGGUCCUUGUAAUAUCAAUAGUACCAAAUACACAAUUACUGACCCCAUUCAAGCAACCAUUACUUGUUUAAUGAAUUUCAAUCCAUCAUUUACCGGUACAUCAUUUACAAUGGAGGUAUCUAAUCCACAUAACAAAGAAACUUACACUAUCCCAUUUAAUUAUUAUCCUCGAUUAUUUUCAGGACAAAUUGAUUCAAACAAUCAAAGAUUAAUCUAUUUGUUUGGUGAUUUUAGACAAAAUCAUUCAUUGGCAAAUAUAACUAUCAACGAUAAAAUACCUUGUACUAUCAUCGCAUCAACAAUCGGUUCAAUUAAUUGUACAUUAUCAGAGAAUGCAAGUUAUGGUCCUGCAAAUGUCAGUAUCACUGUUGAUGGAUAUCUAUAUCUAGCAAAUGACUUUUUAUACUUUACAGCUCCACCAAAUAAUAAUGGUUCAACAACUGGUGGAGCAACUACAGGUGGAGGAUCAACACCUCAAUCACAAUGUCAAGAAUCAACAUCCAAUUGUUUUGGACAUGGAUCGUGUGAUACUAAUGGUCAUUGUCAAUGUGAUAAUGGGUAUAAUCCAAUCGAUAAUUGUUUAACUAAAUUUACAAAUACAACACCAGUAACCAAUACAACAACACCAACAUCAUCAUUUGAAAUUGAUGGAACAAGAUUUGAUUUUGAAUUGGUUGCCAUUCAAGAAAUUGAUACUGAUGAAAAUGUAGUUGGAGAAUUAUUGACAAACAGUUGGAAUGCAACAAUCAACAGUGAUAACUCGACAACUCUAGUCACCUAUCAACUUGUAAAUAUUAGCGAUCCACUUUACAUUGCAACAAUGGUUCAAGCAAUGAUAUCAUUCUCAACACAACCAAGGGACAUCCAAUUUGGAGAUCAACUACUUCACAGCAAUCCAAAUUCAAUUAAAUUAGCAUUGAAUAUUACCAAUUGGCAGUACAGUAAUUUAAUAUCAACACUUCGAGUUGUAUUCCGUAUAGAUGUCAAUAUGAAUCAAACCAUUGAAUUUGAUUGUAAACAACAAUCAAUAUCAACAUUUUCAUACGAUCAACUAUCAUCAACCAUUCAAUAUCUUAGAGUGAUCAAAGAUAACGUCCAAUACAAUGGUAGAUUCAUUGAUUAUGUAUUAUCAAACGGUAGACCAACAUUCUCCAAAACAACAUUAAUCAACCAAACAGCCAUUCAAUCAUCAUCAUCGAUCAUGUCAACAUUGAUUGGAGUAAGUCUACCACAAUGUCAAGAAUGUCUUCUUGAUCCAGACUUUACACCACUUUUAAUUGACAAUACUGCAAGUGAUUGUGGCUCGACUAACAGUAAAACAUGGAAGAUUAUUGUUGGUGUUGUAGUUGGUGGAUUCGCUGCCAUCUCAAUCGCUGUUGGUACUGUAAUGCUAAUUAAAAAGAAAAAUCAAAGUUCCAAACAAAACAAAAAAAUGAUGAACAAGUUAAAGAAUAUGUCCUAG